AUGCCUCCCAAGCACGAUCCCAAUGAGGUGAAGGUCAUCCACCUCCGUGCCACCGGUGGUGAGGUUGGUGCCUCUUCGGCCCUUGCCCCUAAGAUCGGUCCUCUUGGUCUCUCCCCCAAGAAGGUCGGCGAAGAUAUCGCCAAGGCUACCGGUGACUGGAAAGGUCUCCGUGUCACCGUCAAGUUGACCAUCCAGAACCGUCAGGCUGCUGUCUCUGUUGUUCCCACUGCCUCUUCUCUCAUCAUCAAGGCCCUCAAGGAGCCCCCGCGUGACCGCAAGAAGGAGAAGAACAUCAAGCACAACAAGUCCAUCGCCAUUGACGAGGUCAUCGAGAUUGCCCGCACCAUGCGCUACAAGUCCUUCGCCAAGGACCUGAAGGGUGGUGUCAAGGAGAUCCUGGGAACUGCUUACUCUGUCGGCUGCCAGGUUGACGGCAAGCCCCCUCAGUCCGUUAUCGAGGCCAUCGACAACGGCGAGAUUGAGAUUCCUGAGGAGUAA